AUGUCACAUUCCAAUGCCAAGGCAGGUAGCAAGAUCCUACUCAUCGUGCGCUGGAGUACACCCAUCCUGCACCGCAGGUUACGCUCAGUGACGUGCUUCAAUACCAAAGACCUUGACGCCCUCGUUGCAGAUAUGUUCGCAACCAUGUACGCCGCCGACGGAGCCGGGUUGGCGGCGAACCAGGUCGGCGCGGACCUGAAGAUGUUCGUGUAUGUAACGGACUCGAAGGGGGCAAGAAGUUGGGGGGUUGUGUGUAAUCUUGUCAUCAAAUCUUCCUCUCCGAGGCGGGCCAGCGAUGGCGGUCGCCAGGAUGCAGCUUCAGCGGGUAUGAUGCUUCAAGCCGACUCUAGCGGCCAACCACUCACGCAGCAGACCCAGAUCAUGACUGAAGGCUGUCUCUCGUACUCUGGCGGCUCGGCCUCAGUCCUCCGCCACCGCUCCAUCACGAUCAACGGACUGGAUCAGCACAGCAAGGCUCUAAAGAUCCACGCCUCAUGA